AUGAUCAGUGCCUCCAGAGCUCUUGCCCGGCUUACGCCCACUCUGCGGAACCUGUCCAAUGUUGUGAAGAAUGAUAAACUUGCACUGGCCCCCGUGGCCGGCUUCGGUGAACAGCGCCGACACGUAAAGACCUGGUAUCCAGACAAGGAGUACUUUAAGCAAUUCGAGGGUGAAGUCUUUCUGUUUCCCAAUGAUCCCGACAAUGAGAAGUUUGUCAUCUCACAAGAGGUGAAAAAGGAUGCCCCUGACACGCACUACCGAAACAUUGUGCUCAACUUUGGCCCUCAACAUCCAGCGGCUCACGGUGUGCUUCGGCUGGUGCUUGAACUUCGAGGCGAGUAUGUGGUUCGCGCCGAUCCUCACAUUGGCCUGCUUCAUCGAGGAACGGAGAAGCUGAUGGAAUACAAAACGUACACCCAGGCACUUCCUUACAUGGAUCGUCUUGAUUACGUCUCCAUGAUGUCCAACGAAGAAUGCUACUCUCUGGCCAUCGAGCGACUGCUCAAUAUCGAGGCGCCUAAACGAGCUCAGUACAUUCGAGUUCUUUUUGGAGAGAUUACCCGAAUUCUCAAUCAUCUCAUGGCUAUUGGCACUCACGCUCUGGAUGUCGGAGCACUGACACCUUUCUUUUGGCUCUUUGAAGAGCGAGAAAAGCUAAUGGAGUUCUAUGAAAGAGUGAGUGGUGCUCGAAUGCAUGCUGCGUACGUGCGACCAGGUGGCGUUUCGCAGGACCUUCCCAUUGGACUGAUGGAAGACAUCUGGAAGUGGGCUGAUUGUUUUGUCCAACGAAUUGAUGAGGUGGAAGAUUUGCUUUCGGAGAAUCGUAUUUGGAAAGACCGAACCGUCGACAUUGGUGUUGUCUCAGCUGAAGAUGCUCUGAACUGGGGUUUCAGUGGUGUCAUGCUCAGAGGAAGUGGCAUCAAGUGGGACCUGCGAAAAACGCAACCAUACGACUCAUAUGAAGAAUUUGAUUUUGAUGUUCCCAUUGGAACUAAGGGUGAUUGCUACGACAGAUAUUUAUGCCGAAUUCACGAAAUGCGCCAGUCAAUCAAGAUCAUCAAUCAAGCCCUUAACAGCAUGCCGAAAGGAGAGGUCAAAAUUGACGAUAACAAAAUCGUUCCUCCUAGUCGCUCUGAAAUGAAGUCCUCUAUGGAAGCUCUGAUCCACCACUUUAAACUGUUCACUGAAGGGUAUAAUGUUCCGGCUGGCACCACCUACACUGCAAUUGAAGCCCCAAAGGGAGAAUUUGGUCUGUACUUUGUCAGUGAUGGCUCUUCAAGACCUUACCGCUGCAAGAUCAAGGCGCCCGGAUUUGCUCACUUGGCGGCUCUGGAUCACAUUGGUCGAGGCCUUUUGCUCGCCGAUAUUGUUGCCAUCAUCGGUACGCUAGAUAUUGUUUUCGGCGAGGUUGAUAGAUAA